AUGCAGAAAAUCUCGUCUGUCCUUCUGAAGAGAUCCGUCAACACGACUUUCCGCACUCACAGCAGUUUUCAAUAUGCAAAUUUGGUCGUCGAGAAGAACACCAAGAAGCAACGACUUCCCAGUGACCCAGAGAAGCUGGGAUUCGGGCGGUACUUCUCGAAUCACAUGAUCGAUGUGGAUUGGGAUGCCAAGGAGGGAUGGUUUGCACCACAUAUUAAGCCAUUCCAGAACUUUUCGAUUCAUCCUGCGGCAAAAGUGUUGCAUUAUGCCCAGACGAUUUUCGAGGGGCUGAAAGCCUAUCAUGGCAUUCGUGUCUUCCGACCGGAGCUCAACAUGGAGAGAAUGCGACGAACCGCCCGGCGUGCCACACUCCCCGACUUCAACACUCGUGAAGCUCUUCUCCUGAUCGAUGAGCUGAUCCGAAUCGAUGCGGAUAUGGUGCCAAAAACUGAUAAAGCUUCUCUAUACAUUCGUCCGAUGUUAUUCGCAACCGAUAAACAUCUUGGUAUCGGCGAGAGUAUGCAAGCGAAAUGGGCGUGCUUCACAGCCAUCACAGGAAGCUAUUUUAACUAUGACAGAGGAAUCCGUCUUCUGGCUGACCCGGAAAUGGUGCGAUCGUGGAAAGGAGGUGUUGGACAGUAUAAGAUGGGAUGUAAUUAUGCGCCGACUAUUUUUGUUGGAAAAAUGGCUGCAAUGCAGGGAUGUGAUCAAGCGAUGUGGCUUUCUGGAGAGGACCGUCUUGUUACUGAAGCAGGAGCCAUGAACCUGUUCAUGUUAUGGACCAAUGAGGAAAACGAAUUGGAACUAAUCACACCACCAACAGAUUCUGGACUUCUUCUCCCCGGAAUCACUCGACAAUCUGUUGUUGAACUGGCUAGAGAAUGGGACCUGAUGAAAGUCUCCGAGGCAAACUUCACCAUGGACCAAUUGGUUCGAGCCGUGCAGGAGCAAAGAGUCCAUGAGUUCUUUGUGUCCGGGACGGCAGCCAAUGUUGGACCGGUUUCGGAAAUUUUGUACUGUGAUAAGGAGAGAGGUGUUAAGGAGAAUUUGGUGAUCCCAACGAUGAGUAGUAAGAUGCAGCUUGUCAAGAGAUUGAAUAAAACGCUAUGCGACAUCCAUUACGGUAGAAUUGAGAAGAAGGAGUGGCAACGCAUUGUAGAACUGAACUAA